CAUCAAUUGACGCAAACACUCGCAAGCACUCGCCACCAUAACCAGCGCGAUUGCACCAUACUCAUCCCUUGAAAUUGUCGAUGAGAAUAACUCUGUAAAAUCCGGCGACUUCCUGAUCGUCAUGGUAUCCCCGCCUUCCACGCCGCGCUGGGCGGCCGUGGAUCAUCCCGACAUCCCUGAAAUUGGUGAUGACGAUGCUUUUGACGAACUGGCGAUGAAGCUUGCACUAUACUUCAAUGAAGCCAUUUCUCUGCCUCACUCCUUUGACGAUCUGCGGUCCCUUCCCUACGGUCGAAUAUUGUCACCUUUGACUGUGUAUCUAUCGGAUAAUGUCCACCAUCCGGGAAUAGUCUCAGCAUUACUGGCAUUGAAGGGUCAUUUUACCGCGCUCGAGGAGAACAGCGACGAGCCGGGGCUUAAUGAAGCUAGAGGUUAUGCUUGUGAAUUUGUUGCAUGGCAGUUCUUGACGAGUUUGUCGGAGCGAGAGGCCAUCGACUUCCUUCUGUUUGAUUUGGCACCUGAAGCUUCGAACGGUGAACCGGAUUCUGAAAGUGAGGUGCGAACUAAUGGUGGGCAGCGUACAGAUGCGCCGGGUCGAGCGACCGAUCGGACACCACUGUUAGAAUCUCAGCAUGUACAGGGCUCAUCUAACAGCGGAGGCCGCGAUUCUUCAGCGUCAACUGCAAGAAGCGCAACCGCCGCUCCUGGUUUCACCGCCCAAUUUGUGAACCUAAGUGCUCUCGAAAUUGCGGCAGUGACUGGCGCGAAGAAAUUUCUGAGCCAACGACCCGUGCAGAAAAUGAUCAAUGGAUUAUGGAGAGGCGAUAUUGUGUUCUGGGAGACCCUGAGCGUCGACUCUGUCAAACAUCCUCGAUUCUACACUCGUCGAGCCGACAUAUUUUGUCGACUUCGCGUUCCUCGUUACUUGAAGGUGUUCGAGACGCUCUUCUUCACAGUGUUCCUGUUCCUUUUCUAUGUCGUCCUCUACCACAAAAGCUACUGGCGUGUGACGCCGAUGGAAAUCCUUCUUUACAUCUGGAUCGUGGGCUUCGCUUACGACGAGUUCGGUGAAUUCAGUGAUGCUGGCCAAAUCAGCUUCUAUGCUUCGGACUUUUGGUGGGUUUGGGACAUAAGCAUCGUACUCGUUGGCACAUCGUUUUUCGUUCUUCGGGUUGUUGGACUAACCAUGUCUUCAACUGUCAUUAUCGAAUUGGCAUUCGACGUUCUGGGUCUCGAAGCCCUUUUCCUUGUACCAAGAAUCUUUUCCUUGCUGAGUUUACACCCGUACUUUGGAACUUUGAUCCCUUGCCUGACAGAAAUGACGAAGGACUUUGUGAAAUUCUUGUCGCUAGUGAUAAUACUCUAUCUAGGUUUCCUAACGACAUUCAUUUCAUUGGCUCGUGGCUUGUACACCCCACGGCAGAUGGCAUGGAUUCUUGUAAAAGUUUUCUUUGGGUCGAGCUAUCUAGGCCUUGAAGUUGCUCAGGAAAUAUCCCCUGUGUUUGGUCCGCCCGUCAUGCUCAUUUUCCUUGUAUUGACCAAUUUCCUCCUCAUCACUUCUCUGAUCUCACUUCUUUCGAAUUCUCUUGACAAAGUGUUAGAGCAUGCACGUGAGGAAUAUCUGUUCAUUUAUUCCGUCUACGUUUUGGAAGCAUCUACGUCAAACCGCCUGACGUACUAUUUGCCGCCGCUUAAUCUCAUCCCGCUUCUACUCCGGCCGUUGCGGCUUGUACUGCCUUCGGAAAGGCUUCGAAGCGCUCGAAUUCUGCUUUUGAAAGUGUCCCACCUUCCUUUCAUAGCAGCGAUCUGGGUGUAUGAACAGCUCAUUGAGCGAACCCGCAAGCGAGGAACUGUAUCCAUCAAAGGACCUGAGACUCUUUCUAGAGCGAGGGGCUCUUUACUCCUUCCUGCCAAUACCCGUCAUGCAAAUAUGGGUAUCCAUGAACUAUCACCAGGGAACAGUGGCAGUGGCGGAGGCAGACCAGGCAGAUCAAGCUCUGACAACAGACCACAGACAAGGACAGGUCGAUCCGCAACCGAAUCCCAUCUGGAGGCAUUGGUAUUGCAGCUUGUAGAAGAGGUUAAACAGCUCACAACGGUAGUCUCACAGCUUCAAGAGCGUGAAGCAGGCAUGGCCUCUUGAUGGUCGGCGCUUCCAGUCAGCACCGCCGGGCAUGAUCGUGGCAUACCUUGAGAGGCUUGGUUGAUUCUUUUUCCUGCUUUGACCGCAGUCUGCAUUUCACGGCGCACUUUACAAGUUUAGCUUGCCAAAGGACGAUUGAUGUCAGCGGAAAGGGCCGUUCAGACAUGGAAGACCAUGAAUAUACCUGUUGCAGCGCUAAUAGACACAAAAAAGCCGGUCGAUUCACAGUCGAACCACCAAAGGACACAUCCAUCGGUCAGCUCGGAAGAAAGGCGUUGCAGAUCGCGUUCA